AGCAAAUUGGCUAUGGUGGGAAGAGGGUGGUUUGUUGACAAUAACCGCUAGGCUACUGGAGAAACAUAUUUAAGCACUGGAAGUGGCCACAAUGAUGCAGAGAUUUUCUCCUCUGACUCAAGACGUACCUCCGAUAUGCAAUGAGGGCCUCAGUGAAAGUUCAGAAGUAGAGUCUGGCCCAACCCGUUACAGGAAGUUGAAGAAGACGCCAAAGCGCAGAGUGCGGGAGGCAGGCCAGCGUGGCCGUGGGAGGAAGAGGAGAGAGUCGCUGUCAGAGGAGGAAGAUGAGCAGAGAGCUGGGAGUUUGGGCAGCGAGGGAGAAGAGGAACCUGUGGCUCGACGCAGGGCUAGUCCCCGCAGCUCCAGGGCUGGGAGUAGAGCGAGUAAUAAAAGGCAGCCACAGGUACCUAAGGGGAGCUCUCGCUAUCGGGCAGCGAAGCAGGCCAGCAAAAAGAGCGACCAAUCAGACGACCAGGAUAGCGGAGAGGGAUGUGACGGAGAGGAGCUCAACCAAUCAGAGAAUGACGAUGAAGACAGGAAUGAGGAACCAGUGAAAAAGAGGAGGGGUAGAAGAAAGACCGGCAGGAGAGAGGAGCCAAAACAGAAGAGAGGGAGGAAGAAACAAACCAGAGAGGAAGGAAGGGAUGGAGAGAUGGACAGAGAGGAAGGAAGUGAUGGAGAGAGCGGAGGAGAGGAGGAAGACAAGAAGCAGGAGGGUGAUGGAGAGGAGAGCGACAGGGAGGACGAGUGUGAAUCAAACCAAACGGCAUCAACAAAAUGUCGGAAGUCACAGAAAGGACGCUUGAAAAAGCCCAGUAAUAAGAAGCAAACCAGGGAAUCGGGGCAGGGUGCUACCACAAGGCCUAACCGCGGCCGGAGAAAACAAGUUGUGGACAAUUCCGGUGACAAAGAAGAGUCCGAGGGCGGGGAGGAGAGCGAGCUCGAAAAGGACCGAUUAGUGAAACGGAGACGAAGGAAUGAAACACGCACAGAGAACGAGGAGAACUGUGAAGAACAGAGUAGCAAAUCGGAAGUGCCAUCAAAACAAAAGAAAAGACGCUCCGACAAGGCGAACGGCAAAUUGAGAAAAGAAAAGGACCCUAACGCAUCCAAGAAGCCGAGGAAGGCCCGUGAAGGGAGGGGGCCGAUGACCUGUGAGACCUGCGGCCUGCUGGUCAAGUGCCGAGCGGCCAUGAACAGACACCAGCUCACCCACACGGGCGAGAAGCCCUUCGAGUGCGAGGAGUGCGGCAAGCGCUUCGUCAACUCCACCAACCUGCGCAUCCACCAGACCAUGCACACCGGCAAGCGGGACCACGAGUGUAACGAGUGCGGUCAGCAGUUCACGCACCUGGCCUACCUGAAGCGCCACCAGCUGCGGCACGCGGGCCAGAAGCCGCACACCUGCGCCGAGUGCGGCAAGGGCUUCGUGCAGAAGUACCACCUGUCGCGCCACAUACUGAUCCACAGUGGCGCCAAGCCGUUCAAGUGCCACGUCUGCGGGGUGUCCUUCAACCGGUCCGAGUACCUGACGUUGCACCUCAGGAAGGAGCACCCCGAGGAGAUGCCCGCGGGCGAGGGCGAGGCGGAGAAGGACCCGGUCACGUGCGCCAUGUGCUCCAAAGUGCUGCGCUCCGAGGCGCUGCUGGUGCUGCACAUGCGCACGCACGCCGGCGAACGGCCAUUUUUCUGCCACCACUGCGACCGCCGCUUCGUCCAGAUGAGCCAGCUCACCGCCCACCUGCGCACGCACACGGGGGAGCGGCCGUGGGAGUGCCCGGUGUGCGAGAAGCGCUUCACGCGCGGGAGUUACAUGAACAACCACAUACGGACCGCACACGGGGAGAGCUCCUGA